AUGUCAGCCGUAUCGAACACAGGGACCAUUUUCAAGGCUAUUCCAGAAGGAUUACCCAAUCCCGACGUACACUUUGAAGUAAUUCAUCGUACAAUUGAUAUUAAAAAUUUGAAACUGGAUGAAAAUGAUUUUAUUUUGAGGAAUCUUUAUUUGUCUUUAGAUCCUUAUGUUCGAUUGACCAUGAGAGAACCUCAAAUUGAUUCAUAUAUGCCAUCAAAUUUAAUCGGUCAUAUUAUGAGUGGUAUUGGUGUUUCUGAAGUUGUAAAAUCAAAUAAUCCCAAUCAUAAAGUUGGAGAUCUUGUUUAUGGAUUUAUCGGUUGGGAAGAAUACACUCAUAUUAAGACUGAUGCUAAAAGUACAAACGAUUACCAUUUUAAAAACAUUAAUUAUCAUAAAAAAUUAUUAAAAGAGAUUCCAUUGAGUUAUCAAGUUAGCCUCCUUCAGUUUAGUGGAUUGACUUCUUACGGAGCUUUAAUGCUUCUCGGAAAACCAAAAGCAGGAGAAACAAUUUAUAUUUCGUGUGCUGCUGGAGCCACCGGAAAUCUCGUUGGUCAAAUCGCAAAAAUUAAAGGGUUGAAAGUGGUUGGAUCUACUGGAACUGACGAAAAAGUCAAUUUCCUUUUGAAUGAUUUAAAAUUUGAUGCUGCCUUUAACUACAAAAAAGUUGACCUUGAUAAGACUUUAUCUGAACUUUGUCCAAACGGUAUUGAUAUUUAUUUUGAAAACGUCGGCGGCGAAACUCUCGAUGUAGUCCUUAAACAUUGCAAUCGCUUCGCUCGUAUACCAGUUUGUGGCAUGAUAUCACAAUAUAAUAUUACAAAUCCAAAAGAAAAGUAUGGAAUAAAAAAUUUGGAAUUGACCUUUCAUAAAAGUAUUUGUUUUCACGGAUUUCUCGCAACGGAUUUUAUUGGAAGUCAAGUCGAAAAGGAUUUUGAAAAAGAUAUGUUAGAAUGGGUUAAAUCCGGUAAAAUUAUUUGUAAAGAAAAUAAUAUCUUGGGUAUCGAAAAUGCUGGAAAGGGUUUCACUGAUAUGUUGGUCGGUAAUAAUGUUGGAAAGUCAAUCGUAAAAAUAGCUGAUUAUUAA